AUGUUUUAUUCCCUUUCUUUUGAAAAAGCUCCAUCGUCAAAUCGUUUCGACGGCGCCUCAGAGACUUAUCCUUAAAACCCUAAUCUUAAUAAGCCGGCGAAUCUGAACUUUCUUUCAAGACUAAAACAAUGGCGGGAGCUAACAGUGGAACAAGGCGACAAAAGCCGAACAUACUGAUCACGGGAACUCCCGGUACCGGUAAAUCGACGACUGCUUCUGCUCUGGCCGAAGCCACGAGCUUCAAGCAUAUCUGCGUCGGAGAUCUCGUCAAAGACAAGAACUUGCACGACGGCUGGGACGAUCAGUUCGAGUCCCACGUCAUCAACGAAGACUUGGUGGUUGAUGAGCUUGAAGAUGUAAUGGAAGGAGGAGGGAACAUUGUGGACUACCACGGCUGUGACUUCUUCCCUGAGCGGUGGUUUGAUCUUGUUGUGGUGCUUCAGACUGAGAACUCCAUCUUGUAUGACCGUUUAACGAGGAGGGGCUACUCGGGGACCAAGCUUAGUAACAACAUUGAAUGCGAGAUCUUCCAAGUCAUGCUUGAAGAAGCAAGUGAUAGUUACGAAGAGGAGAUUGUCACCGCGAUGCAGAGUGACACCAUCGAAGAUAUCGAUGACAAUGUGGCGAGUUUGACGGAAUGGAUUCAAUCAUGGAGGCCCUGAGUAAUCAUUAUAUCAUUAUGCAUGUUUAAUGGUGUUAUAAAGUUUUGAUUUUGGUACUUGCUUUUAUAUGGAUUCUGUUAGUUGCAAUUUAUAAGCGCAAUUCAGCUGUUGAGAGACUAGCUUAUGUAUGUUCCUUUUGAUUCUUAAUAAGAUAAAAAGUUUUCAUUUU